AUGGAUAGAGAGAGCGCUCAAGGAACGGACUACAUUUGUCGGGCUACAAACCGCUUUGGAAUGGUGCAAGGAAUGGCCUCAGUGGUCGCAAGAUCGUUUGGUAUUACUCUUUUAGUUUAAUUUUUAAUGGGAAGCGGAGAAUAAAACAGUCUGGCAUAAAUAUAUUCGAGAAAAAGGAAACAAAAUGCUAGAUUUUUUAUUAGCGAGCAAGCAGAACUUCAACGCUUUCAUUAACUGUGAAAUCAAAAUCAUACCAUCGUUUCUCGUAAUUAAACCUAUGUCUAGGGAUUGGGGAACGAAAUUUAUUAUAAUUGCAGGUCUGACUUUAUUUCUCUUUUAUGUUUAGUUGCGGGACAAUCCUACAUAAUUGGAAGCAAUGAAACUCACAUCGCAGCCCUAAACCAAUGGUUGCACUCUGUUGUAAAGAGUAGAACCUCUUCCUGGGCUUCGUGUUGGAUAGCGACAAAACAUGGUUGGAAGGGCUCUACAUUUCACAAUUUGUGUGACAACAAAGGGCCGACUUUGGUAAUUGUCCGUGUUGGAGAUUACAUCUUUGGUGGAUACGCUGGUGUAUCAUGGAGAAGACAUCGUAAGUAAAGGAUUUCGUGGUUUCUUUUAAGUUUCUUUUUUUCGUCAGUGAGUCAAACUAUUGAAAGUAAGAAUGUGAGUUUGAAGACCUAACGCAACAUAUACGGCAGCUGCUAAUGCAGGCUAAUGUAAGCCGCAAUCGCUCUUCUGAAAAUCAACCUACCCUGAGAUGUUUGCCGAAAGUUUUGCUCUAGUUCUACAAGACUUAAGGAAAAUUGCGGAUUAAAGACAAGAGGUUUUCAGAACUAUUUUCUCAAACAUUUUAUUGUUUGAUGUUUAGAUGGUGAUGCUUUACUUGCUUGUAAAACUUGCUCCUCAGGAUUGCCCGUCAGUAAGGGCAGGAGAGAAGCUAAUGAGUCAAAUAUCUUCAAUUUAAUGACUUUAAAAAGCUCACUUGAACGGAAAUGGCUAGGAUAAACGAAUUCUAAAGUGUAUUCGAGGUGUUCUUUUCAGAAGAGUCCUUGUUUGUUGAUUGGGUUGGGUGGAAAAUUUGGGGGAACUAGCAUUGGAUCGCCGCACACUUAGCCAAAAGCAUCAAGACUUCUCAAACUGUCUUUAACUGUUUUUUUGUUGAUGUCUCAGUUCUGUAAUAUACUUUUAAUUCCACUUAAAUCAAUUUCUUUCCUCUCCGUCUAACUAUGGUUGCCUGACUCGUAACUGUGAUAGAUCUCUUCGAGUUCUCAGUGACUCAUGCUACUGAAUUAUGAAUUUUUCUGUUACUUCCGAAUUCUGUCAACUCACUUUUGAACUCUGUCUCAGUUGCGCUGCUCAAUUCUGCCUACUAAGUAAGUUUUAGAGGACAUACUUAUAUAUUCACUACUGAUAAACAUGGCCGGGCAAGCCAGCUGAUUGACCAUGAGAGAUUAACCAUUUGUUAUUAGAGCACUAACCCACUUUGACAUGAAACACAAAUGAAAAACAGCGUGCUAAGAGUUUCUGAUUAACCAAAUCAACCUCUUACUACAUAAACCGUCACGGUAAUUUUCGAGUGGGUCCAAAUCAAGAUCAGCAGGCAAACUACUCUCGUACACUUAUGGGAGUCAAACAAGACAGGUAUAGUUCAGGAAACUCAUCGCGAUAGCUUAAUCUCAAAUAACUUCAGACUUCGAAUUCAAAUUUUAACCACAUGCUGAUUAUAAACGAAUGACUUAAUCAUUCUGAACUAAAUAAAUACUGCAGAACAUGAUGAUGUUUUGUUUCUGCUGUCAAAAAUAUCCUGGCCCCAAUCCUUCUCUUUUUAGAAGAUUGUGACGAUUAAUAACACAUUUCUAGCGCGCUGACAACACUGUAUGAAACGCACGACAAGACACAAAUUGAAAUUUUAAGUGUUGGAUUUCAUCUGACGAAAUAGCGCUUUAUUAUUCGAUAUCUCUUUGGUUUCAUUUUUUGUUUUGGUUUUUUUUUCAGCAUGCCCUGUUGGUUGAAAAUGCAUUUCUAUUGGUAUGUUCAAAUUACUAAAAUUGUUUUACAAUAACUUUUUAUUACUAUUUUGCUCAUCAGCUAAAAUAAAUUACUGUGGACGAGUGUACAGUCCAACCUCCUUCAUGUUUUCAUUGGUAAAUAAGCCUGGCUGGGGGCCGACGAAACUGCCUCAACUCGGAUAUGACAGUCCUAUUGGAUUUUCCAUGAUGUCUUGUCAUAAUGAUGGACCAAUAUUUGGUACAGGAAGCGAUCUUACAAUUUUAGACGACGCCCACAAGAGUAAAACAUCCUAUGCACACAUCGGAAUGUCCUACAGCGCACCUAAAGGUCAAAGUCCUGAUUCCGACUUCACUAACACAUUCAUGGCAGGAAGUGAAUAUUUCUCACCUGAUGAGGUUGAAGUCUUGUAUGAAAGAAUUGACUAA